CAAAAGUUAAGCCAGAGCAAGCCAAAGAGGGCGUGUUCGUCCCGUUCGUCCCAGCCUGAUCCAGUGUCCGGCCUGCUGGGCGCUGGGCGUCGAACGCUAACAUACUUUGAGUGUGUAAUCGCUCCGAGUCAUAUGUUCCUUCGUAAUCGGACAACAUGGAAGCUCCACUCGUGAAGUGCGUAGAUGAAAUCCUUGAUUCUGGUGCUGUUGGAGUAAUCUGUGCUGACAAGGACGGCUUGGCAUUACACAGUGCUGGCCAAGUGCAGUUGAGGGCUGCGGGAGUGAUCACAGCCCUCGCAAGCCUGGCAAAGCAAAUCGACCCUUCCUGUGACACAACUCCCACCAUCCAUCUGGAAUCUGACUCGCUGGAUGUCUACAUUCAACAGAAGGAGCAGGUGUCUCUGGCAGUCUAUUCCACGCCAAAGAAGUAGCAAGGAAGCAAGUGCGAGAAAAAUGACGAUGCCACAUUGAGUAUGCGCAAGCAGUAUUUGAUGGAUUUUCAAUAAAGCUAUUUCGAUCUGA